AUGACCACCAUCCUACCAUCUUUGCUCUGCCUUGGAAGCCUCCCCAAACCUACCAUCUGGGCUGAGCCAGACUCUAGGAUCAUGUUGGGACAGUCUGUAACCAUUUGGUGUCAGGGUUCCCUGGAGGCAGAGGAAUACCACUUGUAUAAAGGAGGAAUAACAGAGCCAUGGGACAGACAAUGCCCACUGGAGCCCAGGAACAAGGCCAAGUUCUUCAUUCAAUAUAUGACACCUGACUAUGCAGGACAAUAUCACUGUUACUAUCUCAGCCACACUCAGUCAGCAGUACACAGUGACCCUCUGGAUCUGAUGUUCAUAGGAGCCUACAUGAGACCCACCCUCUCAGUCCUGUCGAGCUUUAUGGAUUCCUCCGGAGGGAAUGUGACCCUCCAGUGUGUCUCACAGCUGGGGUCUAGCAUGUUCAUUCUGUAUAAGGAGAGAGAACACAGGCAACUCGGGAGGCUAGUCUCGCAGCAACGCUCCAGUGGGCUUUUCCAGGAUUCGUUUUUUGUGGACCCUUCAAUCCCUAACAACACGUUGACAUUCAGAUGCUACAGCUUUUUUGAGAACAAUCCCUAUUUAUUGUCGUCCCCCAGUGACAGCCUGGAGCUGCCAGUCUCAGGUCUGAAAAGGUACCUGCAUGUUCUUAUAGAAGUCUCUGUCCUCCUUGUCCUCCUGGUCCUCGUCGUCCUCAUCAGACAUUGGCACUGGAGAAAACACAGGGAAUCAGAUGCUAAUGUGACAGACUUCCAUUCUAGGGCAGUUGAACAGCUGGACAAUCAGGCUGUGGUCUAUGCCCAGGUGUGCAGACUCCUUCCAAAACAAGAGACAACCACAUCUCCUUCUUCGCAGUUACGAGAGCCCCCAGCUAAGCCCGUCACGUAUGCUGUUCUGAAUUCCUAUUAG